CUGAUUUCUUCGAUAAACUCGAAAAUAUUUUGGAAUGCGUCCUUUGAGGUUGUAUUUCUGGUGUUAGAGAUGCAGUGAAAAAACGUAAAUAAAAUUUCAAUCUUUUGUAAAGAUGUCCAAAUCGUGUGUGUAAGGGUUAUUGAAAUAUCUAUGCAUUGAUUUAUUUCAAUAUAAAUUUCAUCAGCAGUAAAUUGUUCAAACAGAAAUUUAAGGAUUUUUAAGGAUUAUUUCAAUCAAUUAUAAUAAUAAUGGCACACUCCAUCAAAAAUAAAAAAAUCAUGGGAACUGAUAUGAAAGACAUUACUGCAGAUUUUGCUUGUCUUAAAGUAUCUGCUUUAGGAAAAGCUUUACGUAUAUCCGGUGAAAUAAACCGAAUUACAAUUGGUCCUAAUUCAGUAUCAAAUCAAGAUGAACAAAAAAAAUUAGAAAAUAUUGAAAAUGAAAAAAAUACGUGCAAUGUUAAUAAAUCACCUCGAAAACCUAUUGACGAAUGUAACAGCAAGAAUUUAACAACACGUAAUGGUAUUACGUUUUCAAUAAGAAAAAUAUUACACGAAGAGGAGUUACAAAGAAGAGAGAAAGUUAUGAAAGAAGUACACCGUAAAUGGCAACACAUGGCAGACAAUGGUAUAGCUAUACAGAAACAUAUUUCUGUUUCACUUUCAAAUAUGGUUAAAGAAAGAGAGCGCAAAAGUGCACAGAAGUACGCUGAUAUAUUAGCAGAGGAAGAACGUCUAGCAGAACAGGAAGAAAUAAGAAGAAAACACGAACAACAGUUAAACGCUCAAAGAGUUCAAGAACAUAACGAAAAGAUGAAACGAGAUAUAGAAGAAUAUAAGAGGAAAAUGCAGGAAAAGGAAGAUUUGAUUACAAAGAUAUUGAUACUUAGACAGGAAUUUGCAAUGAAAUAUUAUGAUAUUAUAAUGCUUUCGAGAAAUUGUAAGGAUAAAACUAUUCUAAGCAAUUUUUCCACCACGCAUUCGGUCGUUUUAAGACAAUUGCAUCGACAAAUUGAGACAUUGGAUGGAAAAAUUCAGGUAAGAGAUUUGGUGCCCACAGAUCUCUAUAAUUUGGAAACAGCAAUACAACAGAUAAAAGAAAUUUCAUGCUUGUUAAAGGUAGCACUAGAUACUGCAGAUGUAAAGAAUGAAAUUCCUGAAUCUAGCACGGACGAAAAAAAUACAAAUUUAAAUCAGAAAGAACCAUCCAAAACAGAAGAAGUUGUAACAAUUUAUGAACCUCCAACUCCUGAACAAACUGAUUACGAUGUUGUAGACAAAAACAUAGACAACAAUCAAGUUCAAGACAUUGUUCCGGAAACCAUUCCAGAAUCCGUUCCAGAAACUGCUCAAGAAACUACUCAAGAACCUAUUCAUGAAUUUGUUUCUGAAAUCGUCCCAGAACAUGAUUCAGAAACUGUCCCAGAACAUGAUUCAGAAACUGUCCCAGAAGCAGCUGAAACAUUAGAAACAACUAGUAAUCAACAAGCUAAUUCUGAAGAUAAUUCAACUUUAAUGUCAACUGUAUCCUUACAAGAAAUAGAAGAUAAUUUAUAUAAAUAUGUGGAUAAAGAAUCAUUACAAAUUUACAAAGAAAGUCAAGAAUUUUUGGAAAAUUAUGCCAAAACUUAUGACGAGUUUUUAAGAUCACCAGAUACAAAAACAUUUAGAUUCGAAUGUCAAAAGGCAAUAAAUAUUCCUGUCAAUGCAAUUUCCGUUAUCAACGCCCAACAUCUUAAAGAUAAAUAUGAGAAAUUGCACAAUCUUCUUAUCGGAAAAUCAUCACCUAACGUAGAACAGCAUCCACAAGGAACUGCAUUUUGUAAAGACACUUUAGCGAAAAAAAUAGUGAGCCAAGGAGAAACACUGGUUUCGAGCAAACCAGAAAUGGCAUUCGCCAUAGCAGCUGUAACUGUAGCACUUUGGAACGAGCAUGCUGACUUUGGCGAACUACUUUUAGCGCACUUCCAUCAAAUUUGUCCUUUUACGGUACCAGUAUUCAUGCCAAAAAUAGAAGGACAAACUAACGAAGAAUAUUACAAAUCGUUAGGUUAUAAAUAUUCAGAAGAUGGUACUGUCGAGAAACAGGAUAAAUUUUUGAAAAGAAUGUCUGGAUUAAUGAGAUUAUAUAUUUCUAUAACGGUAACGUCGCAAAGAAAAGGAAUUACAAAAAGACACCCUCAUGGAUUACGAUAUGCAUGGAGGUGGCUCGCAGCUAUUUUGAAUAGGGAAUCUCAUCCAAACACGUUGGAACUUUGUGUCACUCUUAUUUUGGAUGUAUUAGAAGUUGCAGGAAAUUCUCUUUGCAAUGCUUAUGGCAAACAAUUUCGUAAAAUGUUAAUGUUAUUGGCUAACGACAUAUAUCCUCGUGUAAAAAACAUUGAUGGCAUAAGUGGUGGACCGUUGGUACGUUUAGAGGAAUUUUUAAAGAUAACGUUAGCCAGAGGUUUCAUACCACCUCCCAAUGGAUAUCUCCCUCAUAAUUUUUGGUAAAUUUAGUUCAUCAAUGAUAAAUCAUCUUGCGUAAUCAUUAUGCAUUGUGUCAUAAUUUAUACUAUUAAACAA